AUGUCACUGCAGCUACUCCCCAACAACCUGUGGCCAUCCUCCUUUGUCUCAGCAAGCGAUCCGCGGCCGACCCGACCCGGCUUGGUGUCCCAACCGCAGGGUUUCAGCAGAAUCAGGGCCAGUCAGCUGGCAAGCUGCAGAUCCGACAGGAGCGCAGUCAACGCUGCGUGGCUCUUCGCUGUAGUUUUGCUCGGGCGGAAAGUCCGCUCGGCUCGGCGGGCUCGUGGAGGCAGUGAAAAUGAGGCAUCCAUUAUGAAGGCCCCGCAGAACCUCUACGAACUCCUAGGUGUGCAGGAUGAUGCGAAUGCAGAUGAGAUCAAGAAGGCUUACCAUGACAAGAUGAAGAUUUGCCAUCCGGACAUCGCUGGCGAUGAUGGUGAAGAGAUUUGCAUAUUGCUCAAUGAUGCAUAUGACCUCCUCUCUGAUCCAAAGGAAAAGAAGGCAUACGAUAUCGAACUGCAUGGUGCAAACGGGAUGCCCAAGCCAGUGCUCCUUCUUGAGCAGGACAUGGCACCAACAUGGGAGUGGACCUCAAAGGCUGGCAACAAGAAGAUGAAGCCAGUCUACAAUGGACGGCCGCUGUCACGCUCCCUCCACCGUAAAGUCCCACCAGAAGAUCAAGGUGAGAAGUGGAACGACGAGAAAUUUGUUUUUGUUGAUGAGUGGACCUGCAUCGCAUGUCGCAACUGCUGCGAUGUUGCACCCCGAACUUUUUGUAUCGAUGCAGAUGCAGGGCGUGCACGUGUCUUCGCACAGUGGGGCAACAGCGAGGAGUUGCUGGACUAUGCUGUGCAAGCUUGUCCGGUUGACUGCAUCUACUGGGUGAGUCGGGAUGAGCUACAAGUGCUGGAGUAUGUGACGAGGGACCGAAUGUUUGAGAAUGGCAACACUGUCCCGUGCUCAAUGGCUGCUCGUCAGGGUACCGGCGGAGGCCUGGAAGAUCCCUUCACUAUGGCCACAGACUUCAAAGCAAAACUGGAGGAAGAGGCAGAGAGGAGGAAGCGGAACCAGCAGCAAGGAGAGGUUAGCGCAUCAAUCUCGGAGAUGCAAGAAAGGAUUCGGGUUCUUUUCAGCAAUCUCAGUGAGAGAUUGCGUACCGCUGGCUGGGGAUGA